AUGAGUGCUGCCGUGGACGAGAAGAAAGUCCCGGAGGCUGAGCCCUAUGUGGCUGAUCCCGAGAGGCAGAGCGACAAGGUCGGCUCACUCAACGGGAAGGGCGCUUCCGACAAGCAAGGAGGGUCGCUUUUCAGCUCGGUCAGUGGGAUUUUGGGUCGGUAUUGGAAAAAGGUGGCUCAGCUAGUCACUUUCAUGGUCUUCACAGCAUGGUGGAUUUAUGGUCUUGUGAAGUACCGCCACACCGCCGGCAAAGGCUGGCUGAUCCCGACCCUGGUGUACAUUGGUGUUCUUGUCCGCCUCAUCACCUUGUACAUUCCAGCAACUCUCUUCUUGCGGCCUGUUCGCUGGGUUUGGAUCCGUACUGCCGUCAAGGUUCAUGACAUGAUCCCCGCACCGUUCCGCAAGCCUGCUGCUGCUCUCGUUACUGUGGCUGCGUUCUUGAUCGGCACCUUCGUACCCGAAGAGACAGGUGACAACACGCGUGCGAACCGUGCUGUUUCCGUCUUUGGCCUGAUCGUCAUGAUGGUGAUCCUGACGGCCACCUCGAGGAAUUGGCGACUGAUCCCCUGGCACACGGUUAUCGGCGGCAUGCUGACGCAGUUCAUUGUUGCCGUCUUUGUGCUGCGUACCAAGGCUGGCUACGACAUGUUCAAGUUCAUCUCGGACAUGGCGCGCCAGCUGCUGGGCUUCUCUGGAGAAGGUCUUGCCUUCCUGACGAGCGACAGUGUUCCUGCUGUGGGCUGGUUCUUGACCGCUGUCAUCCCGGCCAUCAUCUUCUUCAUCGCGCUCGUCCAGAUGCUUUACUACGUCGGCUUCUUGCAGUGGUUCAUCCGCAAACUGGCUACCUUCUUCUUCUGGUCUCUGCGCGUCUCUGGCGCCGAGGCCGUUGUCGCAGCGGCCACCCCCUUCAUUGGCCAGGGAGAGUCUGCCAUGCUGAUCCGCCCCUUCAUGAACGACCUCACCAUGUCUGAGAUCCACCAGAUCAUGACUUGCGGUUUCGCAACCAUUGCCGGCUCCGUGCUCGUUGCUUACAUCGGCAUGGGUUUGAACGCGCAGGCGCUCGUGUCGAGCUGCAUCAUGUCCAUCCCUGCAACUCUCGCAGUGUCCAAGAUGCGUUACCCCGAGAUGGAGGAACCUCUCACUGCUGGCAAGGUCGAAGUCCCCAAGAACGAGGAAGACGAGCACACUGUCAACGCCCUCCAUGCUUUCACUAACGGCUCCUGGUUUGGCCUCAAGAUUGGCGCCACCAUCGUCGCCUGCCUGCUGACUGUCAUUGCCUUUGUCGGCUUGGUUAAUGGUCUCCUAGGCUGGUGGGGUGGUUACUGGGGCCUUAGCGGCGAAAACACGCUGUCUUUGGAGUUGCUUCUUGGAUACAUCCUGUACCCUUUCACCUGGCUUCUUGGCGUCCCCAAGCAGGACGUCCGGGCAGUCGGCGUUCUAAUCGGCCGCAAGAUUAUCAUCAACGAGUAUGCUGCCUUCAGCUGGCUUGUUAACGAGGAGCCUUACAAGUCGAUGCUGCCCCGUUCGAAGCUGAUCGCUACUUACGCUUGCUGUGGAUUUGGCAACAUUGGUUCCCUCGGGAUUCAGAUUGGCGUGCUCUCACAGAUUGCCCCGAGGCGGUCCGGCGAUGUCGUCAAGGUCGCCGUCUCAGCUUUGUUCUGCGGUAUCCUGUCAACACUGACUUCUGCCAGCAUUGCUGGCAUGCUCUUUACUGAUGACAUGCUCCAGUAA